AACGAAAGCGUCCGUCUUCCAGGUCCUUCGGGUCCUGCGCGUUACGAAAAAAACCAACCGUAAAGGUGUGGCUACUCAGUGGGCGGUAAUCAGGGCGUUGACUAUCUUUCGUUCUAGCCUACAACCGCAAAACCAGGUUUCAACUGUCAGAGAGGCACCACCAGACAUGAAAACGCGGGGCUUCGAAUAGAGAACGACCAGGACUAUGCACUGCCCUGACUAUGCACUUGGAAAUCGACCGUUUCGGCGAGAAACGCCCGAAUAAACUGGAAGAACCCGCCACCAGCGCUCUUAUAGCGUGUAGAUCUGGCGUAGUCACAGCUCUGCAAUAGAUAGCCAGCAUCGCUUUAUCUUAGCAGUAACCUUUAUCGCGUUACGGAGUCCGUGAUUAUUGUUGUUGUUGUUGUUGUCGUCGUCGUCGUCGUCGUCGUCAAAUCUGCACUGUAAUCCCGUAUAGUGUAAUUCGGACGGAACUCGGAUUGGGUAUCGAAUUUAUAAAGCCGUAGUCGCCUGAAGUACCGCGGCCUCUGAAAGCGCCAGUAUUAUUAGAGCGAUGCAGACCAAUUGACCGUAAUCGUUUAUACUGUCCGGGCGUUUCUUCGACGAGAUCUGAAAGUCAACCGGUAUCCCUCUGUUAAAGCGUCGGUCGUGCCGAGAUACUGUUUGAUUAGGUGAUACGUGUGAUCACCAUUUCACCUGGAUAACGGCUGUAACAGAGGAUCGAAUACUUAGCUGCUUUUGAUCAGCCUAAUUCCUUUGUGCCUGUGAGGGCAGUGUUUGUGUGAGGUGUUAGUUUGAUAAACUCAUACGAGUCGUCUUUUCGUUGACAAUUAAGUGUCGCUAUUAACUUAGCCAUUGAAGAAAUAUGGAAGAUAAUUUGUGAAUGUUUUGAUUUGGCAACCGUAACAUAAUUAUAGACGUAUUGCUAUUAUGACAGAGUAAGAGCUUUUGAAUGGCGGCUCCGACUUCUAUGUUAAUUGUAUAGUGGCCGUCUUCGAUCGACAUUGGACUGCGAGAUAAGACUGUAGCUGUUAUGUGUAGAGAAGAUGAAUACAAGCUCAUUUAUACAACUGGUCCGGUGAUCGGUUCGUGUUGAGUUGUCAUUUAUCUUACAUGUAUUCCGGUAACAACAAAAAAGAAUCCAUUGCCUCAGAAAUAUGACGUCCGGUUCACUUGAUCAUAGUCGCACAAUAUUUUGUGCACUAGGAGUCUUAUUAGCGCUAUGCGCCAUAAACUUUUUCCUCAUUACGGACACGCGAUGUCGCCUCGUCGUGACGACGGAUGCGCAGGUAGAUGUAAUAGCCCAGAAGGUCUUAGAGCUUUUAGAGCCACAAAUACUUCAUCGCCGUCAGGUUCGAGAUAGUGCCACCCCUAAGGAGGACGCUCUACCGGCUGACUCAAAUAUGGACGGAUCACAAUCUAGAAGCAGCUCCUAUGCGACGUCGACGCCACCUGGAGUCAAGUUUAAUCUCAAUGGCUCGCGGAUAGUUCCUAUGCCGCACCAUUAUGCUACCGUGCCCAUGGAUGUUAUGACAAAAUUCUGCAAGGAUAGCACGGUAUACUGCGGUUCCGAGUACGUUCAGGGUGAAAAGGGUGAGACUGGGCCAAUCGGACCUCCUGGCCUAAAGGUGCUGCAAAUUUAUUUCACAGGUGAUAGAGGUGCCUCAGGAUUAGAUGGCAUUGAGGGAACUCCGGGAGCUCCUGGCCUUGACGGAAUGGCAGGUGCUCAAGGAGCUGACGGGCCCAAAGGGCAAAAAGGUGAAAAGGGGCAACCUGGAGACCCGGGUAGACAUGGAUCGGAUGGCAUUAAUGGCAUCAACGGCAUCCCUGGCAUGAAGGGUGAAAAAGGCGACUCAGGUUAUCCAGGCUUGCGUGGUCAACGUGGCACGAAGGGCGACCACGGUGAACGUGGCGAAGCUGGUGUGCCGGGUAUUCAGACGUGGCUGCCAAAAAACUCCACUCUUGAAUCUGUCUCCGACUUGCUUAUUCCACCAGAAAUCGUUUUAAGUCCUGCUUCUACAGAAGUAGAAGUUAAUGAAGGUGUUCGUUUGAGUUUGACUUGCGCUGCAACUGGCCAACCACUUCCUCGAGUGGCGUGGUCUCGCACGGAUGGAAAGCCGAUUUUGGGAACAACGCAUGUGUCUUCCUUGGAAGGAAACCAGUUAAAUAUCAGUCAGGUGACCCGGGGUGAUAUGGGCGUGUACGCCUGCACAGCAUCAAACGGAAUUCCGCCACUGGCAUCGAGAGAGAUUGCCCUUAACGUUGCAUUUGCACCUCUGAUCCGCAUUCAAAAAUGGAACGUAGCGUCGUGGAACGGAGGGGGCGUCAUCCUCGAGUGUCUCUCUGAAGCCUACCCUCAGCCCGUCAACUUUUGGAUAUCUCGAUCCGGCUCCAUCAUCGGUGACUGGCCUAACUUUGAAUGGGAUCCAAGCCUUCUGAAUGCAGAGGAAUCACCGAAGUUUAUCCCACACGACGAGCGAGUUGGACCGUACCAGUAUCGUCUAACCUUAAAUAUCACCUACGUCACACCGAGCGACCUUGGCAGCUAUUUAUGCGUCUCGAAAAAUGUUCGCGGUCAGGCUGUUGGUACAAUUGAUCUCAGCAUCAUGCAUGUUCCAGAUGGGCACGAGCCUCUUGACUGGCGAUCUUCUAAUGAGGAGAUUUUAUUUGGUUCAGAGCCGAAAGACAAACAACACGUCCAGUGUUUGCGAAAAUGCCCUGAGUGUAGAUGUCGAAGCGCUCUUCCUGAAAUGGCCGACGUGCGAAAUGAAUAUAGUGAUGUUAACAAACGCAACUGGACCAGAAAACCUGACAGGCAUCCUGCAUGCACAACGGACUCUCGUUUAAGCCGAAUUGGCAAACCUGUGAUGUAUCUUGAGAAUGGCACCUUAUACAGUGCUUGGUGGCAAGAUGAACUUCGUUACCCGGAUAAUGAUGAGGCAGUAACAAAUCGAUCCAGAGUCUUCUACGCCACUAGACACGGCGAUAACAAACAUCUGUAUAUGUUCAAGGUCAGAGAACAGAUGGUCCAAACAUAUACCCGAGAACAGUUUCAAAGUGGAGCGCCGGCGAAACAGAUACCGUUGAACUCCCCUUUCUAUGGCAACGGUAAUCUGCUUAUCAACGGGACGUUCUAUUAUCAUCAGAAUGCGUCGAACAACAUAGUGCGCCUACCGCUUUACUCGAGAUCAUUUGAAGGUAAAGGCACUAUUGGACAAGUAUCGGUUCUCGCUGUGGAAGACAUGGCUUUCUCAAAUCGAAGCUUUCUAUUUGCCAGCCAACAAAACUAUGCACAUAUCGUUGCAGACGAAAAUGGCCUUUGGAUUAUAUAUGCAAGUACACGCUCAAAUAACACCAUGUUACUGAAGGUGGAUGAAACAACCUUUGAGAAGCAGUUCAUGUGGAAUCUGACGCUUCCACACCGAAAAAUUGGCCAAAUGUUCAUCAUGUGCGGAGUCCUCUACGCAAUCAAUUCUGUGACAGAACCUCACGCCCAGGUGUACAUGUAUGCGUAUGAUCUUAUUGCGGACUCGAUCAUUAGCCUUGAGGCGCCAAUAUCAUUCACAAACCCUUUCGGCAACACAACCUUCAUAAUCUACAAUCCUCGCGAGCAUCAGUUGUUUUCAACUGAUAAGGGAAAUCACCUCGUUUAUCCUGUUAGAUCGCUUGAAGAAGAUCGCCAAGCGGAAUUGUUAGAAGCCCAACUUCGGAACGCUCGAUCACCUUCGAACCCAUUUUCAUUUUCCGCACCAAAUACAACAGAUUAAGUUACCCGAUUCAAAUGCACUUAGAUAUACAUAACUAUCUAGUUAUUAGGUACGAAGGCCGAAGAGAUAUAGGGAAAUAUUUAUCUCCAAUUCGUUAACUUUGGCGUUUAUUGCUGAGAAAAAUAAAGCAAUUGUAGAAAAAGCUAGUGUACCUUCUUGUACCUAUUUACUUCAAACAUGAUACAUUAUAUUUGUUCAGACCCAGUUCGAUGAUCAUAGAUUUUUCCAAAACGGUUUGCCGGGCGUUCUCAUUAUUUUAAAACACCCUUUGAUUCGCGAUUCCAUAAUUUGGCUUUCGCGUUAAAGAAUAUUAGGGGCUAAUAGGAUUCGAAAUAUUAGUAGCAAAAUAACUUACGGGCAUAGUCUUUCUUUAUCGCCUCUUCUAAACGUUUUUAAUUCUCUAAUAAAAAUAUAUCUGAAUAAUUUUUAGUUCUGUGGCCACGUACUGUAAGGCCGACCUCGCAUGCCUCAAUUCGCCUAAUGCUGGUAUCUGUCGUCAAUUCGAAAUUUGAUCAAAGAGCAGUAUUUCGAAAAAGAAACGAAGUGUCUUAACGGAGUGUUUUUGGCCAUAUGGCUGUGUUUACGUCACUUUCAAUGCUGGCGUGCCCACCUUGCUAGAAAAGUGACACGAUAUACCGUCUGAAUUCAUCACUGUAUACGUUUUACAUGGAUAGCGUAAGCGGCUGCGCUCUACCGGAGAGCUCAGCAUCAUGUUUGAGCAUGUCACGCGAUUUCCGGGAAUUCGAAACUGGUCAUCUACCAAUACCGAUGCAUAGUAUCUUAACAGACCUUUGGGCGAAUACGGAUAAGGCAGCUGCGAGGUUGCAGAACGAUACACGGACCCUUGCCUCAAGCGACCCGACGACAGCCCUCGAUAUUUCGGCAGAAAUUUGGCGUAUCGGAGAACAGCUCCGGAUGUCGAUGCUGCGUCAGAAGGAGGCGUUCGUCUCACUUGAUCAGAUCAGCGUUUCACUGGCGAGAAUCUUUCGUGGUGGUAGACAGGAUGGACGGCCGACAGCGUCCUCACCGAGCAGUGUCAGCUACAUGAAUUACACAAACAAAUUAAACGGAAGCGGUGAGAGUGAGUUGAGGGCUUAUCGGUUGGCUCGCCGUGCACGUCUUGCGAACUCACAGCAUGACACAAACACCAUUCAGGACAAUGCAUCCGUAUUCUGUUCCAAAAAACAAAUUUCAUGAUCUAUCAGUUCGAGAAGGGAGAGGGAUAGGGCACUAGCAACUGGGCAUGUUAAGGUGAAAAAAUCUGCUGCAUCGUCUGGGAACGGCUGAAGCUUGACCUAACCCCAAUCAAAUAACAUAGUUUUUGAUCAGCAUUAAAUAUAUAAUUGAACGUGGAACCGUUGCUGAGUACUUUUGAAAUGUUACUGCUUAUUAAUAUUACUGAAAUUAGCUUGACAGCUGAUAGGACAGCACAGGCACAUUAUGGAAACCAAUGCGAAAAAAACGCACUUCAGGUCAUUACCUUGGAAUUGGUUGCUGGAAACAAAUGACAGGCUCACAAGGAACUUCUCGAUGGUGCUUUGCCCAUUGCUUCACCUAAAACAGCUUGUGAGAGGAAGGACGGUGCCACCCGUCAGCAUAUGACGACCAGUGAAGGAUAUAGCAUGUACGUAUACGUGCUUAUCUUUGCCAACUGAAUAUUACAGAACUUGAGACGUGUCGUUUUUUUAACGUAAAAAAUCUCAAAAUUUUCUGCGCAGUGUUAUUUUGUCUAUAUGAACACAAGACAGCAGUGAUUUCCGUGUGCUGUGCAUAACUGGUAGGUUUUCAUAGUUCUCAAAUUCUUGUAUUAUUAUCCUUGUAUUAUUGUAAAUAUUGUAGCCGCCUUUUGAAAAAUUGGCAUUAUUUGAAUCAUAAUUUUUUCGGUAGCGUGCCGAAGUCAGUUAUACGCAAGAAGUAUGUCUUGUCACAUGCUAAUGUCUCAUUUUUAAAUAAUUUUAUAGGGCAAGCUGCUUUGAAAUAUUUGGAUUUAUGGCAAUAUGUGCCUUGGAGCAUAGCUCACAACAGUUAUAGACUGCCACAUUGCCAUCGUGUUGCAUUUGUGUUCAACACCAGAGUAACGAAAAGCGUUGACAUUUCAAAAGGAAACAGCAAAUGGUUUCUAUGUUUCAAUAUAGUCACUUGCUCGUGCAUUAUUGAGACCUUAUUUGAGUAAUAUCAUUGCAUAUGUGCUACACGUAUGCACAGUAAGGACACUUGGCAAAAAUUCGAUCUAUGUGCUUUUCCGUAUAUAAGUAAAUCGUCUGGAUUGUUGUCGAAAAUAACAUUUUUGCCCUUAAUUUUUUAAAUCUUGUUGCCAACGUUACCAAGCGGAGUAUCCAGAUCAGGAAUUGUCAUUUGGACAGCUCAAAUCAGCCAUGUAGACACCCUCCGAACCGUCCUCCUUUACGCAGCAGUUAGAUAUCACAAUGUGACCCAAGCUCGUGGCGUGAUCUUACCUGCUGGUACUUUUGAGCAACAGUUGUCAGUACUAUCGAACGUGUAGGCAUGAUAAAAAUGAUCUUAAUUCGUUCUUAAGCGGCCUACAACGAACGCUCCGUACAUUUAAUUAGAUGGUAUCGUGAUCAUAAAUGCAAAUGAAGAUACUUUUCACCCUUACGUAUUCUACGGUUUUUGGCCAUUCCAUCUUAAGCUCACUCGCUCUGAAAUGCGAAGCUGUCGUAACUUUUGAGCAAGCCGGGCUAGAAUGAUUUUUUCGUAUUUGUUCUUUUUACACAUUUCCUAGCGCUCUGGUAGCUCCUAGACAGUUAUAUACCGACCAUUUGCGUUUCCACAGGCGGGUUUUUGGUUAACUAAAGUACCGCAAAUUGCAGCAAAUUGGCGACAGGUAAAUUAACAGGUAUUUUGGUUAUAAUUCUACAAUACAUUAUAUAUGAUAUGCUAGUUUCGGUCGACAAAGUCCAUACACUUUAAACUGCGCUCUCGUAAAGAGCGUCCUUGACUACGACAAUGCGUUCUUGUCUUUGUUGUCCUGACAUCUGGCCAGCGCCUUGCUAGCCCUUAACUGUUCAAUCUCUGCCCGUGAAACGUUUGCACCACCUGCUUACUUAAGGCUUCGUUGCCUAAUGCUUUCAGCAAUCUUCAAUAGGUCUCUUUAGAGCUGUAGCCUUUAAAAAACAAAGAAAAACCCGAUCACUGAAUACUGACUUGCGAUCCUAGAGUCUGUUUUCUUCUGAACUCAUUUCCCCUAAUAUAAACUCGACCGAUUUAUAUAUUUAUAUACAUAUAGCGGCUAUUUACACCUAGCACGUCAGUGGCCCAAUGCCUUCGAUAUAUACUGGCGAAAUGAAAUUUGGGACUUCCCUAAGAAUUUCCUCUUGAGGCUCGAGGUUCGCUGUUUGUUGAAGUCGUAUACGAAGCAUAACUGUUUCGAGCGCACUAAGAUUCACAAGCAAAACGCCAUAUUCGACAUGAUGUAACUGGUGACUUCGUUACGCUUCAGUAGAUCGAUCGCGCUACAAUGUGUCAAUUGCAGGUAACACUUCAAGCCAUGUUACUAAUCGUAGACGCCAGUUACAAAAUAUAUCAGACACAUUGCUUCUAGUUGCAGCAAAAUUAUUUGGUGCUAAAUAAAAAUUCGCUGUUCGACAGAACAGAAUGAGAUCUGGAAAGACCUAAACAUAUAUGUCCGUUUUGACAAUUGGCCUGACAGGAAGAGGUUACUAAACAGGAAUCCUCAACCCACUUAGUUUAAACUAUACAGAAAAAGGUAUUUGUUUUCAUGUGAAGAAAUUUUAUUGUCACUUUAUUAUUGAACUGAUAGCGUCAAGUAUUUUUGCUUUUGGCAAUAUACUUUUUUUUUAUAAAACUCGCCACCAAAACAAGACCCCUAGUUUCGGACAGAGUUCAAUUUAAAAUAUGGUUGUAAUCUGCACAAUGACGUGUGAUAAAUAGAAUAUAUUAUUUUUUCGAAGUGCUGGCGAUAUAAUAAAGACAAAAUAGUUAAUAAAAUAAAAAGGAAAAAAAGCACAAUUGGCACUAUUUUGCAUAAUAGAUAACAUGAUUCGCUGUGUGAAGAAGGAGGACAACAGGCUGCUGACAAUCAUUUGACAACAAAAACAUAUGAAUACCGUACAUGCGAUCCUGUAUCUAAUAUCCUCGCUAAAUUUGUGGAAAAAGCCUACGCUUUUGUCCUAAUGGUAAGCCUCUAAGCUACUUUACCUGAUGCCAGAUAUCAGCCUCCGUUCCUUAUGAAUUGAGCUCUGAAAUCGUGCGCUGAUCGAAAGGCGCUCAAAGACUUGACAAAAUCAUUCCCAUCAGUAGUUGUGGCGCUGGAUUAAGCUUGAAGGAAAGGAUCGAAUGUAGAUUUGGUUUGUUCGUGCCGGAAAUUUUUAAUAAGAUGGUAGAAAAAAUAAAUACAC